AUGUCCUCUUUGGACCGUCGUCGUCGUGCAUCUCAAGACUCUAUCCCUGGGGGUGCGGACAUCCUGAACGAGGCGAUCACCGACAGUCUUCUGCAGGAACGAUAUCGACGCAUGCUAGACGUUGCUCGCGGCGGCGGCGGCGGCGGCGGUGCCGGGGACCGGGCUAGCAGCGAAGGGGUAGUCACGCGUCCGUCCGCGUAGCCCGUGAGAUGGGGCCGUCCGUGAAAUCUCUUCGAGCCCAGUUUGUCCUUCAGUAUGACAUUGCUUGUCCUUUCUGUUGGAGUCGGGAAGAAGCGGCAAGGAAUCACCUGUACGUUUCUCUGUCAAGGGCGGUGCGCGUUUUUUUUUCGUUGGUGUUAAUUGUUGAUGGCGGCGGUGUGUUGGUGGGAUCGGUGUCGGGUUGCCACCGUUGCAGAAGCGCGAGCGGUGCUUUGGCAAGCCGCCUUUGGUGGUGGCAGCGGCAGUGCUCCAGCCUCCGCCCCACCCAAAAAUAGCCGUAGUACGGGGGCGGAGGAGAGGUUAGAGUCGCGGAGGGAGCUGGAACACUCGUAUUAAUUGAAGCGUUUCGGUUUCGCGGGCGUGUGUGGCAGCCGUUGCCUGCAACGGAGUAGCGGGGUUGCCGGGGCACGCUGGCUUAUUUGCACAAAGCGUGUACACAGUCGGAGAGAGUCGGAAAAUGUCAGUUUCGCCUCUGUCACAGCAUUCAGGAACACUGGCCACGCUGCGCCGUUUGUGACCAGACCUCAAGUGUUGCCUCUUCGCCGAGUACACACCCAAUCGGUGCUAAGGUG